AUGCAGCAGUUCAAAGUGGAGCCGGCGGACGCAACUAACCAGUAUUACAAAAGUCAGAAAACCAGUUUCUGUGCCGAUCUCACGCUAGACGGCAUCACCUACAAGGGAUACGGCGAGAACAAGUUGAUGGCGCGCAACGCGGCGGCGGAGCAGGCCAUCCGCGACAUGAUCAUCAAGCGCAUGCAGAAGGCGGUCACGCAGCAGGACUUCACCGCCACCGUCGACGAGGCGCUGUCUGGGGGCGGUGGCAGCGGUGGUGGGGGCGGUGUGGGGGGCGAGGAGGAGGAGCCGCUGCCGAUGAUCCAGCUGGCCUCGUUCGCGCUGCACAAGCUGUUCUCCGAGUGGGAGUUCGAGGGGCACAAGGUGCCCGCGCUGCGCCCGCCCUCCGCAUCGACGUCGGAGGCGGAGGGCGAGGGCGGCGCGGGCGCGGGGGCGGGCGUGGGGGCGGGGGCGGGGGCGGGGGCGGGGGCGCGGUUGCGGCCCGCCAAGAAGGCCAAGGAGGUGCCGGGCAACGCGGCCGCCAUGCACCCGUGCAUGCUGCUCACGUACAUGCGGCCGCACCUGGAGUACCGCGAGCUGGCCGUGCACGGCGACCGGCCGCAGCACAUGACCUUCACCAUGGGCGUGGACGUCGACGGCGCCACCUACAUAGGGAAAGAACAUUGUCGAGAGCAUCAUUUACAUCGUCAAAACAAUCAUUACCCCUUAACUUUAAACAGUAAAGAGGUGUCAUCUGCAAAUAAUACUGUCAGUAUCCCUCUCGCGUUGUACACGACCGCCGGUAGGUCGCGCGCAAUAUUGAUGGUGCCUAAUGCCGGUUCCAGCGUCCAACAAGAAGGAGGCCCGCAAGGCGGCGGCGCGCUCCGCGUGCACGGCGCUCUUCGGCGUGCACUUCCACGAGCACGCCUCCGCCACCGCGCCCGCGCCCGCGCCCGCACCCGCCUCCGCCUCUGCGCCCGCACCCGCCACCCCCGCCGUUUAGACCGCCAGCGGUAUGAGUCGUUCUUCCUUCGUCUUUGUGUUCUAAAUGUUGUCUCGAUAAUCGUGUAA